AGGCGUGGCCGCAAGGCAAACAGAAAGGGCUCCCAUAAAAAGCAAAGCUGUCCAGCGAGCAGCUCACCAGACAACGACAGCAAGGCGGGGCAGCAACAGCAGCACCAGCACCAGCAGCAGCUCAAAGUCUUAAAGAAUAACGACUAGGCUGAAAUGGUGGCCAGGCCAAGGAGGAUACCCUGGCAACUGGCAUGGCUGGGAGCGUUUGCGACACUCGCAGCGAUGGCGGCAUCAAUGGCAAUCCUGCCGUAUACGCAGGACAAUGCCAUGGUGAUAGCAGAGCCGCUGGGCAUUGCGGAUUUGAACGAUUUCAACGCCCACUUGGAUGACCUGCAGACAGCCGAAUCCAAGAAGCAUGAGGAUGAGGAGCAUGGCGAAGAGGAUGAGUCCGAGUUUGGGGAGAAAAAGUACAGCGAGCAUUUUAAGAAGCAUGGGGAGAAGAGCAAAAAGGGUCACAAACAUGGCGAAAAGUCCGAGAAGGGAGCGAAAGGACAUCACGACAAGGAGGGCAAGAAGGGUGAGCAUGGCGAGGCGCAGGGCCACGAAAAGAAACACAAACACUCAGAGAGUCAUCACAAGAAAAAGAAAAAGGGCGAAAAAGGUGAAAAGGGUAGCGAGUUCGAGGAUCAUGGCAGCUACAAGAAGGGCCACUCCAUUAAGGGUAAGCACAAUGUGCACAAGCUGAACGAGGACAAAAAGGAAAAGAAAUACUAUGAUGAGGAUCAUGUCGAGGGCGGCGAGGAGAAGCACGGCGGCUUCGAGGAGGGCAAGAAGCACAAAAAGGGCAGCAGCUAUAAAAAGGGCGAGCACAAAAAGGGCGGCCACGAGGAGCACCAUGGCAAAAAGGGUCACAGCAAAAAGGGACACAAGAAAAAGGGACACAAAGGCCACAAGAAGAAGCACGAAGAGGCCAAAAAAUGGGGCCACAAAAAGGAGCACGGCAAGAAGGGCGGCGGGGAGCACAAGAAGAAGUGGCACAAGUCCGAAAAGAAGAGCAGCGAACACGAUCAUGGAGGACAUCAUUAAAUCGA